CGGGAAGGAAGCGGUUGUGAGGACACGCGCGGCCGACGACCGCGGGCGAUGUCGCUGGCAGAGGGCCUGGCUUCUCUUGGUCCUGGAGACCUAGGCCCACUCCCCGAGGAUCAUUUAGUGCCCCGUAAUGAUGCUUUGACCCCUCAAGAGGAAGAACAAUUACAAAUCACAGUUAGUAUACCAAAUGCUACAUAUUUUGAGAUGAGGAAGGUUGAUCUCUGUUUGAGCUCUGAAGGGACUGAGGUGAUCCUGGCUACCUCGAGUGAUGAAAAGCACCCGCCUGAAAAUAUCAUUGAUGGGCAGCCAGACACCUUCUGGACAACUACAGGCAUGUUUCCCCAGGAGUUUAUGAUUCGCUUUCACAAAAACGUGAAGAUCGAAAAGCUCGUGAUCCAGAGUUACUUGGUUCGGACCUUGAGGAUUGAGAAGACCACCUCUAAAGAGCCAUCCGAUUUUGAGCAGUGGGUGGAAACAGAUUUAGUACACACAGAGGGGCAGCUUCAAAAUGAAGAAAUCGUGGCACAAGAUGGCUAUGCCACUUUCUUGAGAUUCAUUAUCAUCUCAGCCUUCGAUCAUUUUGCAUCUGUACACAGCGUUUCUGCGGAGGGCCUAGUAGUCUCAAAUCUUUGUCAGUAAUUACAACAAAGUGCUCUAAACUACUUUUAAAACAUAUUUAUUGAAACACAAAAUUAUCUUUGAUAUUUUUACUAUUAAAUAGAUUUGUAUCACUGUU